AUGGCCUCGAUGCAGGACCAAGUCAACGACAGCGAGUCUCGGGCUCAGCGCAAGCGACCAGCGCAAGGGGUUUUACGCGACGAUUCCGAUGACGAGCUUGGAACCGCCGAUAUUCCGUGGGAAUGGAUCUACCAAGACGAUGUUGUGCCACGAGAUGAUAACGAAGAGGGCGAACGCAAGCGACGCAAAGUGGCUGGCAAUCCAAUCGUCGGGGCUCGUCUUGGCGCAUUCGAGUGCCGCAUCGGCGACACAGUGCUUCUCAAAGCCGACGGUUCCAAUGAAGCUUGGGUGGCCAUUAUCUGCGAAUUUGUUAAAGACGAUGGCGAAGGCGACAAAGCAGCCAACUUUAUGUGGUUCUCCACGGAAAAGGAAAUCCGCAACAAGGACAAAAAACGCAGCGACUUCUAUUGGAACGAGUUAUAUCUUUCUCCGUCAUGGGAUGUGAACUCCUUGGCCUCAAUAAACGGCAAAGCCAGAGUCAUGUCGCUAGACAAGUUUCUUUCUCGACACCCCUCGGGCAAAAUUCCUCGAAGCUCCCCCGAACAUGGCAAAACAUUUGUGUGUAGACGCGGCUGCAAUACGAGAACAGCCACGUACACGAAUGAAUUUCUCUGGGAGGACAUCUAUAGCGGCGCCGAUGAUCUCUUCGGCCUCAUGGAUAUGAUCGAGAAAGACACUAAAGCAACCCGGAGGAAACGGCGAGCGAAAAGCCCAGAACCAGGCGACAGCGUGUAUUUUCCACCUCAGACACCAAGAAAACAGCGCACGCCAGUAGCUACAACGCCUCACUCUCGGGGGCGCACCCCACGAGGCGCAGGCAAGAAGCUGGAGUUUACACCGUUGGCAAUGCGAAAGCUGUCGCCAAGCAAUAUUGACUCUUCACCGUUUCAAAUAGCCCGGUCACGGCUGCAUGUAUCCGCCGUUCCUGCCAGCCUACCGUGCCGCGAGGGCGAGUUUUCUCUUGUUUACUCGCAUCUUGAAGCGGCGAUCACCGAAGGUACAGGAAACUGCAUUUAUAUUUCUGGCACGCCAGGCACCGGCAAAACGGCGACCGUUCGAGAAGUGGUUUCCCGUCUAGAGGACGCCGUGGUCUCCGAUGAGCUAGAUGAUUUCAUCUUCGUCGAAAUCAACGGCAUGAAGAUUACAGAUCCCCAUCAGUCAUAUACACUUCUGUGGGAGGCACUGAAGGGACAGCGCGCAAGUCCAACGCAGGCAUUGGAUCUAUUGGAGCGCGAGUUCAGCAAUCCUAGUCCGCGGCGUAUUCCCUGUGUGGUCCUAAUGGAUGAACUGGACCAGCUAGUCACCAAGAACCAAGCUGUCAUGUACAAUUUUUUCAACUGGCCAACCUUGCGACACAGUCGUCUCAUUGUACUGGCAGUCGCCAAUACCAUGGAUCUGCCAGAGAGAACACUAAGUAACAAGAUCAGCAGUCGUCUUGGCCUCACGCGCAUCACUUUCCCUGGUUAUACUCACGACCAGCUGAUGAAGAUUAUACAGUCACGUCUAGAGGGCGUGCCAGGAAACAUUGUAGAUGGAGACGCGGUUCAAUUCGCUAGCCGAAAGGUUGCUGCCGUUAGUGGUGAUGCUCGACGAGCCUUGGAUAUUUGUCGACGAGCUGUCGAGCUCGCCGAGGUCGACGCGCCACCCGAUCCGUCUACACCAAGCAAGAAAGCCCCCGGGGGCGAUACGGCGGAACUAUCACGCCGCGGCCGCGUUACUAUUGCCACUAUCAAAAAGGCCAUCAACGAGGCCACCUCAAAUCCCAUCCAGCAACAUCUACGCGGUCUACCACUCACCAGCAAACUCCUCAUGGCGGCAAUGCUGCUGCGAAUCAGACGAACCGGCCUUGUGGAAACAACGUUUGGCGAAACGCUCGACGAACUACAACGCGUGUCUGCGUAUGCGCCGCGGGCCCCUUCCGGCAUGUCUCAGAUCCUCGGCAGUCACGCCAAAGGCGCUGGUCACGGCGGCGCGCAUCAGCGUCACACUGGGCGGCCUGGCUAUGUCCACACAGCUGCGCUUGAUCUUGUAGCCGCGGGUCUCAUCAAUUUGGAAGCUCAGCGAGCAGAGAGGAGCAGCAAGCUGCGACUGGCGAUUGCUGACGAUGAAGUAAAAAUGGCGCUUCGAGAAGAUCCAGAGCUCCGUGCACUGGGCAUCGGUAUAUAA